GGAAAGGAACGGUUAGAAGCAAGUCAGAGAAAAACAUGGCGGAAGUUCAGCGAUCCAGUUUCGGGAGAAACGGUGUGUGUUUCAGCGUGCUAUGGAAAGCGUCUCUACGGGCCAGGAUGCUUCUCUUCACAUGUAUGCUAUUGGUCGAACCUGGACGGGCUACAACACACUGGGUGGUUACAGAGGACGGGAAAAUCCAACAACAGGUGGAUUCUCCGCUCAACCUGAAACACCCCCAUCAUCUAGUCCUUUUCAUGCAGCAGGAGACUCGUGUCAACUACCUCAAGAAAUUAGAGAAGCAGCUGGUCGCUCAGAAAAUCCACAUCGAGGAGAACGAAGACCGCGACACCGGAUUAGAACAGCGGCACUAUAAAGAGGACGCCGACUGCGUCACGGCUAAAGUCCCUCUCGGGGACCUGGACCUCUAUGACGGCACUUUCAUCUCCCUGGAGGGCAAAGGCAUAAAUCCUGAAGAUCACGUGGAUUUUACAUCGCCUUUACGUCCAGACCCGAAAAAGUUCGAGUGCGAAACAAUCCUGGAGCUUCCCUACAGCAUUCACGCGUACCAGCAUUUAAGGGGCAUGCAAGGGAAAGAAAACCUCACAUCACCUUUGCUUUCAAAGGACGACCCUAUUUUCGAUUCUGUAACCCAUAAGCUGGGUCAUGACAUAGACGAAGUGGGUCAUAGAAUCCACCAGGGUCUCCUGAGGAAUUCCUCCUCCUGGGUGCUUUACAAUCUGGCCUCAUUCUACUGGCGUAUGAAGAACGAGCCUAGUAAAGCCGUGGACUGCAUCAUCCGCGCGCUGCACUUCUCUCCCAGGCAACACAAGGAUGUAGCUCUCAUCAACCUGGCAAACGUUCUCCACCGAGCUCACUUUUCAGCAGAUGCCGCCAUCUUGGCUCAUGCCGCCCUGGACCACACGAGUGAUCUGUUUACCAGCCACUACACACUUGGCAACAUCUACGCUAUGUUGGGGGAGUAUAAUCAUUCGGUGCUCUGCUAUGAGCAGGCUCUGCAGGCUCAGCCAGGCUUUGAGCAGGCUCUGAGGAGGAAGCAUGCUGUCCUGUGUCAGCAGAAGCUCGAGCAGCGGCUUGAGGCUCAGCACCGGUCUCUUCAGCGCACUCUGAACGAACUGAAAGAGUACCAGAAGCAGCACGAUCAUUACCUGCGGCAGCAGAGCACGCUGGACAAGCAUAAGCUUAUUCAGGAGGAACAGAUUCUACGCAACAUCAUCCACGAGACACAGAUGGCCAAAGAGGCACAGCUCGGUAACCACCAGAUGUGUCAUCUCGGUCAGCAGCAGCACAGCCUGUUCUGUCCUUUCGACUUACCUGUUCGUUAUCACCGUGGAGAUCUUUUUGAGAACGUGCACUACAUCCAGUUUGGCGAGAAGGUGUCCAUAGCCGGCAGCGUGGCUCUGGUGUCGGAGCUGAGUGUGAACGAGAGCCGAAGCCCCCAGCUGUACUCCACUGUGUCCGGAGGGGACGUGCCAGCAGCACACUGGGACAAGCAGACGUCCUCUAAUGCGGAAACCCAUAGCAUGCUGUGGCCGAGAAGUUCAGACUGUGCUCAGCGUUUUCCCACCAUUCCCUCUGCUAACCUGCUGCCCACCUUCUUCCUACCCCCAGAGACUCAUGGCCUCAGCAGCCUGUAUGCGAACAGGAAUCCCCCAGUGUCUGCCAAGACCCCAGACUGCGGUUUAAAAGCUCAGCCCUUGUCAGGUGCUUCUCUGACCUCUGCACCCUGGGCAUUGCAGGGGAAACAGCUGCCUGACCAGCACGCUACUCAGGUCCUGCUGAAACGUAGCGACGGGCGGACUAUGGAACAAACGGGUGCGCUGAUAGCAAGCACUUUGGAGAAGAUGAGCGUAGCACCAUGGCUGGUUCAGAAUGAAGCAGGGCUCUUUUGGAGAGCUCAGGGAAACGGGACGCGAGCUCUGCAGUGUCUGGUUCAGGCUUUGCACUCGGUGCCACCUCAGCACAAAAACGUGCCGCUAGUCAACACGGCAAACCUGCUGCUCCACUACGGCCUGCACCAUGAAGCCCAUAAGCUCCUGCAGCAGGCCAUAGAGAUCAAUGCCUCAGAGCCUCACACUCUGCUGAGCAUGGUAAGUGUGCAGCUCUCUCGAGGGAACCUGACUGGUGCAUUGACCCUGUUCCGGCACGCCCUGUCUCUGAGUGCCAGUUGCAGCCAGUGCCGUGCCAGCCUGCCUCUGCUGCGCUGCCUGCAGUUCUACCCUUUCCUUUACAAGCACCAGCACCAGGCCUGUCACCACGAUUCAGGUUGCGAGAGGGUGGAGCUCAUUGAGGUGGAGGACUGGGAAUCAGAGGAAAGGCAAGAAACAGGAAACCCAGAUGCCAUGCCUGGAACUGCGCUAAAGGACUCGCUCAUGUUUGAGAAAGUAGUGGUGGAUAGUAAUGGUUCAGGAGAGGUGGGCCAGCAGGAGCGAGGAGAAGAUCCUAAAGGAGGGCUGGAUGUAGAAGAGCCGUGGCCGUUGCACGAGGAACUGAUGGGAGCUUUCGAGGGGGCGCUGGACGUGAGCGUGAAGCGCGGAGACCUACGAGGGAUCCGUGUUCUGAAAAACGACAAGGUGAUGGGUUCCAGCAGCGAUGGUGCCUGCUUCGGGAACUGCGAGGACGAUGACGGGGCGGAAUGGAUCACAUUCCAGGUGAAGAGAAUGCGAAAGCCCAAGGCCGAGGUUUCCGAGAGAUGGACGGGUGAAGACGAUUCGUCUCAGAGUGACCCCUCGUCGGCACACUCCACUCUGGAGAUCAGCGGUCCUACGAUCCCUGCUCCUGGACCUUCAGGACGGUGGAAGGAUUACGACAGUCUGGGCUGGCCAGGACCGGAGGAAUGCCAGCGCACACGGCGGGUAGACCUCACGACUGUGGCCAGCACAUGGCUGGCUGUUUCUGCUAAAAAUAUCGACAUCACAGAACAUAUAGACUUUGCCACUCCACUGCAGGAACCCGCUGCAGAACCGAUGUGCAACGCUAACCUGCCUGCCAGCAUGCACACACUGGACCAUCUGGGGGGAGUGGCCAACCGUGGCAGCAUACACUACACCGGCGAGGGGCAGCUCAGAGAGGUGCUGCAAAAUUUGGGAAAGGAUAAGUUUUCGCAGCAGCCCUUUGAGCAAGUGGGAACCCGCUUAGCCAAAGUAUUGGAAAAGAACCAGACAUCAUGGGUUUUGUCCAGUAUGGCAGCGCUGUACUGGAGAGUGAAGGGUCAGGGGAAGAAGGCCAUCGACUGUCUGCGUCAGGCCCUAAACUCCGCUCCUCACCACAUGAAGGACGUUCCCCUGAUCAGCUUGGCUAACAUCUUCCAGAACGCCCGUCUGUGGGAGGACGCUCUCACCGUGGCCCGCAUGGCCGUGGAGAUCGCGCCUCAUUUCGUCGUCAACCAUUUUACCCUCGCCAACGUCUACAUAGCGAUGGAAGAGUUCGAGAAAGCAAUGCACUGGUACGAAUCCACUCUAAAGCUCCAGCCCGAGUUCGGACCUGCCAAAGACCGUCUCCGUACCAUCCAGUGCUACCUUCUGACCAAGAGGGACAGGCGAGCUCCGUAAAGACACACAGACACACACACACACGCGCACACACACACGCACACAGUAGCAAAUACCUGAAACUCUAUAUAACAAAGAAACAUGGAGGUCUGUAGCUCUGUCGGUUUUUCACCAAAUAUCAUCAUCAUCCAGGGGUUUUCCGGUUAAACAGCUGUUUCUGGUCAGACUCUCGUUCAAUCAAUAGAUCAUUAGAUCUGGUUUUAUUUAUUUCAUGGUGUCAGGGUUUAAUGUAAAGUUGCUUGCACGAGUUUUUUAGGUUUUUUUUUUUUUUUAUAACAAAAAAAGGAGAAAAUCAGAAAGUGAUCCAGAUGUUUGCUGAAAAAAAUGUACACAUUCAGGUACCAAAUCUUGCAACAGUAUAGGGAUGUGCGAUUGAUGAGCAUUGCUGAAACGAGGUUCUAAACUGGUCAUGGCACAAGGAUUUAAUAUUUCAUGGAAAAUACACUGUGUUGGCCAAAAGUUUGUGGACACCUGACCAUUAUAUUGGCGUGCGCUCCUUUUUUCCCACAUUUAGUCCCGAUUCCUGGUUAUAACAAGCGCCACGCUUCUGGGAAGAUGUUCUACAAGAUUUUGUGGAGAUUUGUUCUCAUUCAGGUACUGAUGAAGGUGAGGUGAGGAGGAUUUGGAGGGGUGCAGUCAGUAUUAAUAAUAAUUGUUCAAUAAAGUUGGUGCUCUAUAGCAGGAGAUCUUCCACUCCAACACAUGUAACUUGGAUCUUCAUGGAGCUGGAACAGAUUUGCGUCUCCUAGUUCAGGUGAAGGGAAAGUUUAGUGUUCCCUCAUUUAAAGAAAUCAUAAUUACAUGGUAACAGUUUUGUGGAAGACCAGGUGUCCCAAUAUUUUUGUCUACGCAGUGUAUCAAGAGCACGUUAGUCCCUGCAAAAAGAUAACGUGAAUCAUACGCUCUUUUGGUAGACAGGAUAAAAGAGAAAAACGCAAACGGUCACGUUUUUAUGUUCCGUUUUACAUCGUCAGGAUUCGAAGACGGUUAAUCCAGAGAUCCAGAGUCGUCUUAUACUAGUCAUACAGGGUUAUUAAACGUUUUAUUUAUUUUUUUGGACUAUUCAUUUGUGUGACUAUUAUACACGUCGUUCUUUUUUUUUUUUUUUUUUUUUUAACCUAAUUUUUAAAUAAGAUUCCUGAAUAUAUCAGUGGUUCAUCAAAAAGUCAUUUACAGUGCCAUAAUUUUAACAUUCUGCCGUACACACGUUUGUGUGUCGCCUUUUUUAUUAUAAUAUCUGACACGUGGUUAAGUGUUUUUUAUUUUUUAAUUUAGGAUAGUUUUUCAUGAUGAGCUCAAGGAGCCCGAAACCUACAUCAACCACCCACACACACACACACACACACACACACACACACACACACACACACACACACACCUAUACCUGUGUUUGUAAAAUGUAUUCCAGACUUCCAUGACUUUAACUCUUUUCAUCAAAUAAUGCUACUGGUCUUAUGAUUCAUGAAUAAACGCACAUUGUUGAUAAUAACAACUGAUAAUUCUAUUGAUAAAAAACACUAUUGUCCAUCAUUAAUGGUUGAGGUGAACUUGAAACAGGGUCUUUAUUAUUCUCAAAAGAUGGAAGAUGUAUUUUUUUUUAAAGCUGAAUUGGGGGG